UUCCACUGUCAGUUUUCCGACAGCGCCCCACCGAUACACAUCAGAAAAUAAAAAAUUUAAAUUGUAUUAAAACGUGAUGAAAAUUUGACUUCUAUAUAAAGAAGAAGAAGAGAGAAAAAAUUUUCUUUCUUCAAAAAAAAAAAAAAAAAAUUGUGUCAAGAGUGAAAAAAUCAAUGUGAAAAUAUUAUCAAAAAGAAUAUCGAAUCUUGUGUUGAUAUUUUUAGGUGAAAAGUGAGAGUUUUUCUCUACACUGGGGUAUUGGGUUAUUAUAUACAUUAAAGUCAUCCUUUUUGGAAAAUGCUAGAAAAAUGUUUCCAAUUUGCGAAAAGUUGAUGUCACGCGUUUGCCUCAUUGUGGCCGCACUUUUUUUACUGCACCUUAUUUGGAUACCACCACAACCAGUUACAGCAACUUUAGAAGAUGAUGCAAUCGGAAAAUGGGCUGACAAAUUCGGUGAAGAACUUUGGGAUUUGGCCAAAAAGAUGACAAAAUCACCUGAAAUUAAAUCUAAAUACAAAGAAUACAAUGCUCGAGUUGAAAACAAAAACGGUACGGCUCUUAUAAAAUCAAUUGUUAAAAAUGUCGGUCGAAUGUUAUCACGUAAAAUGGAUGCAGUUAAAUGCAUUCUCAAAACAGCAGAAGAAGCCGCUGAAGAUUUUACUCUGAAUUAUGACUUUAAUUAUACUGCAGCAUCGAAUGACGUUAAAUACUAUUCGAGUAAAUAUUCGAAAUUUAAAGGCAGGCGAGCCUUGGAAUUGGUGGAAACAAUUGAAAAGAAUGCUCCAAUGUAUUUGGAUAUGACACUUAACCAGGAUACGCAUUUUUAUGAUAUAUUCGUCAAUACGUCACACAGUUCCGUCCAUGUGCCAACGAAUAUUUAUGAUAAAUAUCCCGAAGUACUAAAAGCAAUUAUGUGGUCCGAAAAACUUGAUUCAGUUUUUUUGAACAAUUACAAAACCGAUCCAGCUUUGUCGUGGCAAUAUUUUGGCUCCGACACUGGUAUUCUACGACAUUAUCCAGCUUUACAAUGGGAACCAGAUAAAAAGACCGAAGAUGCUGACACUUAUGACUGUCGAAAACGGUCAUGGUAUAUUGAAACAGCAACAUGCUCCAAAGAUAUUGUCAUUUUGUUAGAUAAUUCGGGUUCGAUGACUGGUUUUCGAAAUCACAUAGCCAAAUUUACAAUACGUAGUGUGUUGGAAACAUUUUCGAAUAAUGAUUUUUUUACAAUAUUUAACUAUUCGGCAACGUGCGAUGAUAUUAUACCGUGUUUCAAGGACGCUCUUGUCCAAGCAACACCCGAAAAUAUUGAUGUUUUCAAUAAGGCCAUAUCAAAAAUGGAUCCACAGGGAUAUGCCAAUUUGACAAUUGCCUAUGAAAAGGCUUUUCAACUUUUGAAAAGGUAUUACAUAGAAAGACGCUGUAACGAGACUUUAACAUGCAACCAAGCCAUUAUGUUGAUAACGGAUGGUGUUGCUGGGAAUACAACUGAAAUUUUUGAAAAAUAUAAUUGGGGAACGGGUGAUAAUGGAACGGAUCGAAUGAAAAUUCGAAUAUUUACCUAUUUGCUGGGGAAAGAAGUGACGAAAGUAAGAGAAAUACAAUGGAUGGCGUGUCUAAAUCGAGGGUAUUAUUCACAUAUUCAAACGCUGGAUGAAGUUCAUGAAGAGGUGCUAAAGUAUGUUGAUGUGAUAGCAACGCCAUUGGUUUUGCAAAACGAAGAACAUCCACCAACAUGGACUCAUUCGUUUGCUGAUAAAACCGCAUCUGAUAACCAACAAGAGCAACAAAGCGCAAAGCAAAGACUUAUGAUAGCGGUAGGAGUGCCGGCAUUUGAUCGAUCUUGGAGGGGUGAAAAUUCAACAAGGAGGGCUAGACUUUUAGGAGUGGCAGGCACUGAUGUACCAGUAGAAGAUAUUGAUAAACUUACACUUCCUUAUAAGCUCGGUGUCAAUGGUUAUUCCUUUGUAAUAAGUAACAAUGGCUACGUAAUAUUUCAUCCUGAUCUUCGACCUUCACAAAAUGGUGUCGUAAAUCCCAACUACAACAGCAUUGAUCUAACCGAAGUUGAACAUUUGUACGAAGAUGUUCAACCCCGUCAACCAGGUGAUAAAAUUCUUGAACUUCGUGGAAGUAUGGUUCGUGGUGAGAGUGGAAAAACCACCGAUAUAACUGUUAAAUUUCAUUACGACAAAAUGCGUCGUGUUUCGGAAGAAGAUCAAGAUUAUUUCUAUGAACCACUUUUGAAUACACCUUUUAGUUUGGGUUUAGUUGUACCCAGUACUUAUGGCAAGAGUUGGAUUAAAGUUGGCGAAGAAGUGAAAAAGAACAUUCACAUGGGUAUUAAUAUUUCGGAUUUCUUUGUCGGUGACAAUUGGAAAAUACAUCCAGAUUGGGUCUACUGUAAGUACCAUUACCUUGAGGGUCAUGAAUUCAAAACUCCUGAAGAAGAAUUUCGUCACUUUUUAUCAAAAAUGGUUCAAAAAGAUUGGACUUGGUCCGAACAGUAUGAGAAGGAUGCCUCUGACGAAGAUGAUGACAAUGAACCCAACUGCGGUCGUAUCACCUUAAACGAUGAUGCCUAUUACUGCAACAAAGAACUUGUCCAAUUAGUAAUAUUCGAAGCUAAAGUUACCAAUUCCAGCUACGGCGAGUGGAAGUUUAAAGACGAUGAAGAAAAAACGCUCAUCGAGCGUUACAAUGCGUCACUGCGUUAUGUAGCCACAAUGAGUGGCCUAACACGAUGGCAAUUUAUUUAUGGCGAAGUUGAAGUCGAUACCGAUUUUGAAUUCGGUGACUACCAUACUAGAGCCAUUGAUGAGACAUGGUAUAAGAGUGCAAUUCUUCAGCAUAGAAUCGACCCGGAUAGUUUUGUAUAUUCGGUGCCACAUGCCAAUGAUCCACCAGAAGAUUCUGAAAUAAAAGUUACAGCCUCGCAUGCAAUUUUUCCGCGUGAUGGUGGUAUGGAAGCACCUGCUUGUGUGGUGGGUUUUCAGUUUCCACAUGUGAAGAUGUGGGAACGUUUUGCCAAUAUUACUUCUGAGGAGAAUUGUAACGGCUGUGUCAAGACUUGUAACGCCGAUGAGCAUGAAUGCUAUGUACUGGACAACAAUGGUUAUGUCCUCAUCUCACAAAACAACAAUGAUACAGGUCGAUUCUUUGGCGAUGUCGAAGGUGCCGUCAUGGAAGCCAUGGUCGAGAAGGACAUUUUCAAGGCCAUUGACGUGUACGACUAUCAAGCUCUGUGCUUGGAAGUUGUAGAAUCUUCAAGUGAUGCUCAUUCAUUGCUUCAUCCAAUUCGACUUCUCUCACUUGGCCUUAAGUGGCUCGUGACAGAAUUUUUCUGGCAUUGGAAUCGCAUCCAAAUGUGGGCCGAAGGGAUGCCUUUCUAUGACGACGAUGAUAGUGAUGAUUAUGACAAUGGCUACAUUGGUCCUCGCAAAACAGCCAAAACCCCCGAAGAUACUGAAGAAGAAAAAGUAUUUCCAAAACCACCACCCGACCCAGUUUAUGAUCAUUGUGAAAUGAAAUCAACAUUGUACACUCUUCAAGAGACAAAUAUUCAUUUCAAUAAUUUCUUACAAGCAAAUAACUCAAGACCGUUUCAUUUGAAACGAAUACCAAAAUCAAAUUUAGUUUUGAUUGUGGUGAAAGUGAUGUAUCCAACAGAAGCGAAAAAACUAACAACAAAACCACAGAAAAUUGAAUAUGAAUUGGAAUUUCCAUGUUACAAAUUGAAUAUGAGUUUUUUGGAACGUCAAAGAAUUGCUGAAUGUUUUACUGAGCAUGUUAAUGAAACUGAAUUUACAUAUUGUGGUGAUGCGGUAUCAAUCCGUUUGAAUUAUUUCAAUUUAGUUACUAGUCUUGUUGUCUUAGCUGGAAUGCGAUACCUCCGACAUGUAGUUGAUUAGAACUUUAAUAAGAAAAAAAAAACUAAACUUGUCCAGAUCCCACCCGGCGGAGGCAGCGGAAUUGCUGAUAUAAUGUAUAGUAGCUAGGAUUUUUGUACCUUUUUAACUUUCUCCCAUAAAUGGCCAAGAAACUUCUUAGAUACAAUUUUUUUUUUUUUAUUAUUUUGUUUUUAUUUUUUUUUAGAACAAAUGGUGCCUGUUUUAUAAAUAGUGUUAGUGUUAAAGGUAUAACUAAAAUAUGAAGUUGUAGGUUUAAAAGGUCAUGCGUCCUACUACCGAAUUCAAUAGUCCGACGUCAAACAGCCUUUAAUUUAAAGAAGAUGCAUUAGACAUGGUCGCCAUCAUAGUAGACUCGUAGU